CCGCCCGCACAGCACCAGGCAUCGAACAAUGAGAACGUGAUACAAAAAACACGCGCCGCGGACAAUGAGAGUGAAACCCUUACACUAAUGGGCAACAUGUUGAGCGAAAGUCAAUGGAGGUUCGUACUGAUGAUGCUGGCUGUGGGCACGGGCGUCUCCGGGGAGACGAGUCGCGCGCUCAGCAUAUACCAGAGACAGAGGAGUGUACCCAUGUUCGUGCCCAGGAGUUACAGGAGGAGGUUCAGGAGAGUGCAGUUCCUGGACGAAGAAGAGAACAGCCAGCCUCUCGGGCGCGGAGAGAUCGACCUGACGGAGAACAAACACUCCAGAAUCAAGUUCGAUGACACCACGGACUAUGACUUCACCUCCGCGGACGUCACGGAGGAGCCGCGGAAGGUAGAAGCCUUGGGCACGGAGAGAUUCUACAUGCCGCGGAUGUAUCCCAAGUUCUAUCAAGGCAGGUUCGGUGGACCGUACGCCCCGAACUACGCGUUCGAACCCCUGAUUUCCUCACCACCGAGAGCGGGGUACUAUCCUAACAGUGGCUGGAAGGCGCGCAGUCCUCGCGUAGUGUUCCCUUAUUCCCCAGACGGUAACUCAGUGCUGACCAACUCUCACGCGGGACCUAAUUUCAAUGACAAUGUCGUGUUCCGUGAACAAAACUUCGGCACCAGCGACAUCGGCGCCGAAGACCAGACGCUCCAGGACAUCUCGUCAUCCCCAGUCAACAACGACGCCUUCUCUGAGAGAGAUGCCAACGAUCCACAUCGAGCUCAGAGCAACGAAAUAGAAAGAUUGCGAUACAUUAUAAGAUCAUACGAACCACGGCGCUAUACACUAAAAAAACCAAUGUUUGUUCAGACAGAGUUGACCGAGAGAAUAUUUCAGGAGCACGCGAACGUGAGUUCCGUGCUGCCAGAGUUCAAACCGAUAUCGGACGAGCAGAUACAGAAGAUAAACGACAUUAUAAAAGAAAUCACGAGCACUAAUAGAGAUAGUGGGAGAAGAGGGAGAGUUUUGGACAAGCCUAACCCUGCGCUGAUAGAGAGUAAGAAAUUAGAGAGACAAUAUGAGAAAAACUGUCCCCAGGGCGGGACGUGCGAGUUCUUUUUCUAUUGCUGGAUGGUCGGAGGACUACUGGACGGUUCCUGCGGGAGCUUGCUCAAAGGCUGUUGUCACAGAGUAGCCAAGUCCGGCAUCCUCGGGGUACAAGACUCCAACAGCUUAGAAUUCACACCGAACGAAGGACUUAGCUAUGGUCCGGUUAUAAACGAUGAGAGCUGUGGUGUUGCGGGGAAUAAGCAGACGGCACAACGACGCAUCGUCGGAGGUGACGACGCUGGCUUCGGCAGCUUCCCCUGGCAGGCCUACAUCAGAAUAGGAUCCUCAAGGUGUGGGGGGUCCCUGAUAUCUCGUCGCCACGUUGUCACAGCUGGUCACUGUGUAGCGAGGGCUCAGCCCCGACAUGUCCGCGUCACCCUCGGCGACUACGUCAUCAACUCCGCGGCGGAACCCUUCCCAGCUUAUACCUUCGGCGUCAGAUCUAUCAAGGUUCACCCGCUCUUCAAGUUCACACCUCAAGCUGAUCGUUUUGACGUGGCCGUCCUCACUCUAGACAGAAACGUACAAUACAUGCCGCAUAUAGCUCCGAUCUGUCUUCCGGAGCGAGGGUCCGACUUCCUGGGUCAGUACGGAUGGGCGGCAGGCUGGGGCGCCCUCAGUCCCGGCUCGAGACUUCGCCCUCGGACCCUACAGGCCGUCGACGUGCCCGUCAUAGACAACAGAGUGUGCGAACGAUGGCAUCGAGCUAAUGGUAUCAACGUGGUGAUAUACCCCGAGAUGCUGUGUGCGGGAUACCGCGGAGGCGGCAAGGACAGUUGUCAGGGAGACAGCGGCGGACCGCUCAUGCUGGAGCGAGGUGGUCGCUGGACCCUGGUAGGAGUGGUCUCCGCCGGCUACUCCUGCGCCUCCCGCGGCCAGCCGGGCAUCUACCACCGAGUGGCGCACACGGUGGACUGGAUCUCACAUGCCACCACUCUCACGUAGCCUGGACCGUUAGGUUAUGUUAAGUAGACCGUCUCGAUCAGACUAGACCGUUCGUCCAUAGAAUAAGGACUCGAAUACACCAUCGAGCUGUCGAGUUUGAACCAAAUGAAGUUUACCUUGACCGUCAUCGGCUGAGAUAAUUUUUGUGUAUUUAUAAUGUCGUGAAGGAACCCUUCCCCGAGUCGAAUGUGAAUGUGUGCAUCCUUUCAUAGGGGUUAUUGAAAUGCUCAGUUCCUUUGCGUUCAUUAAGAUAAUAAUAAUUCAGAAUAACAAACCAGCAGUCGGUCAAACUGACAGUCUGACACGAUACUGUACCGAUGUAACUUGUGUUCUGUAAAUUAAUCAAAAUGUGAUAAUAAAAAUUAACGAACAAC